AUGUUGGGUUCUUGCGGGCCGAUGGCUGGGCCGCCUACUGACGAGGAGACGGCGGAGCCUCCGUUCGGGUCGUCGUUGCAGAUCGCCACCGGCUCCCCCGCGACCAAGAGGAAACGCCGGCCAGCCGGGACACCAGACCCGGACGCGGAGGUGGUGUCGCUGUCGCCGCGGACGCUGCUGGAGUCGGACCGGUACGUGUGCGAGAUCUGCAACCAGGGGUUCCAGCGCGACCAGAACCUGCAGAUGCACCGGCGGCGGCACAAGGUGCCGUGGAAGCUGCUGAAGCGGGAGGCCGGCGAGGCGGCGCGGAAGCGCGUGUUCGUGUGCCCGGAGCCGAGCUGCCUGCACCACGACCCCUCCCACGCCCUGGGCGACCUGGUCGGCAUCAAGAAGCACUUCCGCCGGAAGCACAGCGGCCACCGCCAGUGGGCCUGCAGCCGCUGCUCCAAGGCCUACGCCGUCCACUCCGACUACAAGGCCCACCUCAAGACCUGCGGCACCCGCGGCCACUCCUGCGACUGCGGCCGCGUCUUCUCCCGCAAGCAAGCUAGAGCAGUUCCCGGCCGGUUCGAUCCGAUUCAAUGCGGGACAGAAAGGCGGAUGGUGGAGAGCUUCAUAGAGCACCAGGACACGUGCACCGCCGGUUGCCCGCAGGCGGGGGCGGGCGUGGCAGCGCCGGUGUGUGGUGGAGUGGCGGCCGCCCUGUCGUCGCAGCAGCAGGCGCCGCCGCCGGCGAUAUCGCUGUCUCGGUCCCGGACAGCGUCCAGCACCAGCCCGUCCAGCGACGUCGUCAUCAGCGCCGUGACCUGGCCCGGCGCCGCGGCAAUGCGCAGUCCGAACGCCGCCGCGUUCCACCGGUUCGAACAGCAGCUGCCGUCGCCGCGGACGCCGCCGCCCGAUGGCCGUGGCGGUGGUGGGCACAAUCUUGAGCUGCAGCUCAUGCCGCCGUCCAGCAGCUGCACGGGCGGUGCGGCUGCGCCUCUGGGCGUGGCGCCGUCAUGGUACGCAGCGCCACAGUCACCGCCGGCGCCCAUCUCGCAGGGAGACAACGCCGCCAUGCAGCUGCAGCUUUCAAUAGGCUUCUGCAGCGGCGACAACCGUGGAAGGACAGACGUGGCCGGGCCCAGCGGUGGCAGCGCGGCCAGGACAAUGCAGGAGGCACGGGAGGAGCUGCGGCAAGCGAUGGCGGAGAAGGCCGCCGCGGACGAGGCACGGGCGCAGGCAAAGCGGCAGGGGGAGCUAGCCGAGCAGGAGCUGGCGAGCGCCAAGCGCAUGCGGCACCAGGCGCAGGUGGAGCUGAGCCGCGCCCACGCGCUCCGCGAGCACGCCGUGCGGCAGGUCAACGCGACGCUGCUCCAGAUCACCUGCUUCAGCUGCCGCCAGAAGUUCCGGGCAGUGAGGCCGUCCGCCGCCAUGUCGUCGGAGGUGGCCUGCAGCUACGUGACCGAGGGCGGCGACGUCGAGGUCGACAACGUCGACGAGCCCCUCAUCCUCGACGGCAUGCGGCGGCGCCAACAACACGCCACAAUGGACACUGUGUAG